AUGAGUGCGACCGACAUGGAGACCCAACAGCAACUCGCCAUUCUGAUCGAGGCUAGCUGCGAGAAGAUGACGCGCAGUCAGCCAUCAUCUGAAGUCGCGCAGGUCGAUGGCGACCCAGCGAGCAUUGUAUAUCAGAAAAGGCUGGCUAAGAUCAAGACACUGCUCAGUGCGCGUUCGACUGAGACAGAUGCUUCACCCUACACUGAUCAGACAUGGAAGGACAUUGCGCUGUGCAAGAACAUCGCGCUAUACAUCAACGCCGCAACCAAAAACACCUGGCGGAGAGCACGACUCGCACACGGUAUGACUGCAUCAUCGGAUUCGGCAACCAGCUCCCCCGGCGGCAGCGGGAAGUCGAGUUCUGGACCGGACAGCGACGAUGUCAAAACCGUACGGAAGCCCGGCCAGGUGCUGAUGGUCACUGACGGGCGGUACGAGGUCCUACAAGACGAUCUCCGCGACGCAAAGCAGCGCGUACGCGAUAACGUAGCUCAAUACCAAGCUCUCAACCAAAAAUACGCCGAGCAGCAGGCGCAGCGCCUGAACGACAAGCGAUUGGUAGACCAAUGGUCCCAAGAAGUGGCCGACAUGGAGGCCUAUUGCCAACAGGUUGACGAGACAAACCGAGACCUGAAUGACCGUCUCGUUGAAGCGGCUGAGAAGCACCAAGCGGAGAUCAAGGCCAAGGAUCUUGAAUCGGCGACGUUGAAGGCAGACCACGACCUGGCCAUCGCUGCCCAGCGUGAAGAAACCGAGAAGUGGCACCAAGAAUGCAUGCGGAAAGAAUCCACCUUCCAGAAAACGAUCGAAAAGGUGACCGCUGAGCGUGAAGACAUUAAGAGGAAGGCCAAUCUUGAGAAGAGGAAGAUUCUCAAAGCACACAGGGUCAAGACUGACGAUCUGAAAAGCAAGAACGAAGUAUUGGAGAUGAAGAACAGUCGUAUGGUAGCUGAAUACUACGACGCCAUGUCUCAGGAAGAGGAGACCAUCAUCAGCCUCACGGCUCGGAUCCAGCAGCUCGAGAAAGAGUACGAAACCAUGUCGCAGAUGCUACGCCAGAAGUUCACAACCGGAAGUGAGCUUCAGCGUGUGUUAGAGGCAAAUGCUGCUGGUAAAGAAGAAGCAGCGGAGCAUCGGGCGGAAGUGCAGCGAUUGAGGACGCACGUCGAAAACCUGCUCGACACAAUCCAGAAUACCGAGACGGACGUCACGCGACACCGAGAAGCCGAGCAGGAUGUGCGAGCGGCGUUGAGCCGCUCUGGGAAGGUUGUGCAUCUGCUGGAAGACAAACUGGCGCUGAAGAAUGACCAAAUCCGGGACUUGGCGAAACAGCUCGAGCAAUUACAGCAAGGCAAUGUUGCACCGGGCGCUCAUUGUGCAGCUCUCGAUGCGAUCGAUCUCGAGAAUGAGCAACUACGAAACUCUCUCCAAGCCGAGCGGGACGAGAAGACCGAUAUGCAAGCCAAGCUUGAUAAGCUUGACAGCGAUCACCUCAGAGUCUCCAUCGAACACGACAUAAUGGAGGCCAAGCUCAUUGUAGAACAGAAGUCCAACAGCACGCUCAAUAAAAGUACAGAAGCGAUGAUGCACGAGCUGAACAUGCUCCGCAAGGUAGCCAAAAGCCGGCAAGGUGCUCUCGGUGAGCAAGACCAGUCCGAGCUGCUGGACCUGGUGAGCGGGACCGCCGCUACAAACCAGAGCCUCCUCGACACCAACGCUCAGCUACAGGAUAGACUUGAGGAGAUCGAGCAGUGGAGCAAGACCAUCGUCGAUAAGUGCGAGAGCGACGUUAUGAUCGCGAGUAGCGACGUAAAUUAUUGGUACCACCUCUACUUCAACGAGGCCGUCGCAACAACCGAGCGCUUACACAACGAGAUUGCCGCCCUCAAAGCAGAGAAGGGUGAGCAACAUUUCGUCGAGCCUGCUCCGCCCGCCAACCCCGAGAUCCAUGAUCGGAAGACGCUGGCAUUUGCUAUGGCACAUGGGCUUCAGGGUGUUCCGCCGGAGUUGAUCUCUGCGACCUUCUACGACUCUACGUCCGGAGUGUGUUUGUCGCCUACUGAAGCCGCGUUGAAGGCACUACGGCCACAGGGAUGGUACCCCAUCUACAUUGCGGGUAAAGUGUGGUUGUCAAAGAUGGUAGCGGCACUCUCCGAGGAGCAGGCUGCGAUGCGCAUUGAGGCUGGCGAUCAUAAUGCGAGUCAGGGUAGCGCUGGCUCUGCGCGAUCCUCAGUGAGCAACACAUACGCGCCACGGGGCAUCGACUUCGCCACCACGUCAGAUGCUCACAACAAUAUGGCGGGCAAUGCGUCGGAUCCAAGGACGCCGCUGCUGACGCGAGCAUCAAGCAGACGAACGCACAGUCCCAUCACCCCAGGACGCGACGACCGAACGUCAAUCCCAACGCAGGCACGGAAGGCGAAACCUCAGGUGGUACGCCGGGUUGCGCGAAGCCGCCUCGUCGAAGUAUCGCAGAUUCCAGAGUAUCAAUCGUCGUGGCAGCAGAUUGAUGAAAGGAUGACGCGUAAGGUGUGGGAGGGCAUGGACGAGGAGCUCAGGGUCCACUGGGCCACGGAUUAUCUAAGGAUUGGAGACGACUAA